AUGCUGCCAACCUUUGUCGUUCUUCCCGGCACUCCCCCCUUGUCUGGCAACACGACGCCCCUUACAGAGGAUCCACAUUCCCUCAAACACAAACAAGCCGUUGCCAUUCUAUCGGCCAUCCCCUCUCCCGAGUCAGCUACGCCAUCAAACACGCUUUCGGCCUCUGCCUCUGAUCAGCAUCCACCCUUGUCGCAACUUCACAUCAUACAUCCAAACAAGGCGCUCGUGCGGAGUUCCGCUCCCCUGUCCUACUACGACCCGGGUGAGAGCAAACCUCCGACUCCUCCCGGGGCCGAAGCCCUGCAUCCAUUCCUUGUCAGCGAUAGCUGCCUUGCCUCCACCGCUACCAUGUCGCAGGCUCCUUCUGCGCCACAAAUGUCGCUUCUCUCGCAAGCCAUGCAGCAACAUUUAGCGCGCCAACAGAUGGACACUAACUCUGCAAUCGACCACCACGCCACUCACAGCGCAGUUCAAACGCCCAGCGCAUCCUCACUCCCGUCGCCAGCGUUUGCAGGUCCAGGCUCACCCUUCGCGUUCACCGGCGCUUCUGCUUCCGAGGCCGGUAUGCGUCCUCCUGCGCCUCAUCAGAGCCAUUUCGGAGCUGCUGCUGCCCAAAUGCAACCACUACCUUUUGGAGGCUACACAAAUCAUAGCCACUCCCGCCGCCAAAGUGGCUAUGCAACCAAUCCUCAUUCUGCUGCUCCCAGCGCCGGUCCUUCCCGUUCAUCCUCGCCAACUCGAGCCCUACACUCUGCAAGCAAUCUUUCGCUCGACGCCCCCUCUCACCCCGUCGGCAUGCCCCACAACGCACAAAAUCUAGGCCAGAAUCAGCACGCAGGUCAGAACCAGAUGGGCACAGAUUACAGCUCCACUUUUAGCUCUCAACACACCAUCAACGGUUACGCCCCUCCUGCUCAUCCUGGCGUUGCUCCCGGCAUGUCACAGACGCCUGGUUCAUGGUCCAACCAGUCUGGAAUAACCUAUGCACCCACGCCACAGGCCUCUUUUGCUCCCCCACAAAACUCCAUGAUGCCCCCCGUCGGCUUUCAGCCAAGCCCUCAUGGACAAUCUCAGCAGUACCAGCAUCAGCACCAGCACCAGCAUCAGCAUCAGCAGCGUCAACAACCGCAGUCGAGACAGCCACCAAUGCUGCAUCUGUCUCAGCAACCGCCACAGUUCAGCAGCUAUCGCGGUCCACCAGAAAACCUGCUCUCUCCGCAAACGGCCUCUUCCGACUUUGCCGGUUUCUUCCCACCCCCGAAUGCUACCCCACAGGCUACGCCUGGUACUCGGCCCGCGGGCGCUACCGUACAACAGCCUGGCGGUGCCAGCCGCCAAUCAACAGCCGAGACUCGAUCUCGUCAAAGCACUGGCUACACCGACGAACUGAGCAACAUGGCUGCAGCGAUUCCCAUGAAUCGUCGUGGCUCGGCAGGAGCCGAAGACGACAUUGAUGAUCAGAGCUUAGACCCCGAUGAAAUGUCCAAGAAGGAUCCGCUCGCUACCCAGGUUUGGAAGAUGUACGCCAAACAGCGUUCGCAGCUACCCAAUGGUGCCCGUAUGGAGAAUCUCACCUGGAGAAUGAUGGCCAUGACAUUGCGCAAGAAAAAGGAACAGGAGGCGGUCGACGCCAAGCUGGCACUAGAGGCACAAUCCAACGCCAGCAACGCUAGCAGAAGUCACGCUUCCAGCGCCCGCCAUUCGCCCACACUCUCAUCAAGAUCCGGUCCAGCCUCUCGAAGAAACAGUGGUUCGUUCCCAGCCGAACCCUUCAACGGUGGCUUUACUGCACUUCAACCGGAAGAAACCGGUCCCGCCGAUCCACAUUCGCGCGCUAGCGGCAUUGCUACAAAGGGCAAGACGCGUUUCGCCGAGGUGAUCCAACAGGAAGAAGAGGAGCGUGGCCGUCGAGGACGCAGUCCAAGGACGCCCGAAAGUGCAGCACCACCGGCAGGAGCUGUAGAAAUUAUGGAUUGGAGGAUGAAGAGCAAGAGUCGAUCGCGUUCGCGUUCGGUCAGCGCCAUGGACGUCGACUGGCGUGGUGUCAGUCGAUCCCGUUCUCGCGCGCCCGCACGUUUAGACACCAUCGAGGACGAAGGCACACCCGAUGGUAACAACUUGUUUAGCCGUUCCGCACCAAACGCCGCAUCCGCUUUCAGCUUUGCCGACCUCGCCGCAUUCGACGAUACCGAUGCCUUUGGUGCAUUCGACAGCGCGCUUGAUACCGACGACAUUAGCGACCUGCUCAAGUCCAAUCAAAGUCUUCAGGUAUCCGGCGCCUCGGGUUCGGGAGCAACUGGUAACUUUGACGUCGGCUCCACGGGACCGGCAAGCUCGAGGAGGACCGCCAGUGCGGUACGAAAGGCCCAGAUCCAGACCGCUUUCCGCAAAGCAGCACACACCGACUUGUUUGGCGCCGAUCUCGAUGCUUGGUAUGAAGCCGCGGAAGCAUCGUCCAAGGCAGCUGACGCCAAGAAGUCGAGUCUGGACAUGGCUUCCAUCGGAGCGGCCAACAGCUUUGGCGCACCCUUUUCAACGCUGGACAGUAUUCCGGGCAUUGGCGACUUUGUCGGCAUCGCCGCCAAUCAGCAUCCCGAAUACGGCUUCCUUCCUCGACUCGUCCGCAAGACCAGUUUCGAUCACAAGGUGAGGGAAAGGAGCAUCUCGCGCGGUCCGCGCCGUGAUCAGCUCACUGCCGAAGCGAUGAACAACCGCAAGCGUCCCUUCCGGGAUGACCUUUCGCCAGCCAGACCUGCGAUUCAGAUGCCCAUCACCACGGACCAGCGUAUCGCUGCCGGUCUCUCGCGCAACAUUGCCUUGCUCGGUGGGCGCGGUGCAGGAUCAUCGCAGCUGGCAAAUCUGCCUAUGACCAACUUUGACUUUGCUGUGCCGCCUCCUGGAGGGCUCAACCACCAACAGAUGCAUUUCAGCGCUGGUGGAUUUCAGCUUCGCUCGGACCAACGCGGCCAGGAAACAGCGACCGACUUUGACAAUUUGCUGGAAACUCUCGCAUCCCAAGCCGGUACACCGCUCGCGAGUCCAGCAGGCAACUUGAUGGCCGGAGCCAGUGCUUCUCCUCAAGGCGGACUGGGAAGCGGUUCGGGUGCAUCACCCGUUGCUCCUGGAGUAGGCAAUGCAAUGGUGGGCAGCUUGCCGCAUGGUGCACAGAACUCAUCUGACCUCGAGGCGAUCAUGAACAUGUUUUACAAUUCGGAUGCCGGCAUCGGUGGACCGCAGCCUUCGUUCACGCACAUCAACCCGAACCAGGUCUUUGGCGGCGGACCAAUGGAAGCCGCUUCGGGCUCGUUGGGCAAUCUGACCGGAUCUGGCGACGAAGGUUCUUCGACGUGGACAUAUAGUCCGUCAAGCAGUGCGCCUUCGAAUGCAGCCACGCCGCCGGGUCUGCAGCAGUCGCAAUACCAGUCAUCACCACUUAUCAACGCUUACCGUCGCGAAUCUCAACUUGCGCCCGAAAUUUCGGGGUCCGCAUCUUCGCGUUCAAAUGCUUCGCCAAGCAUGCAGGCCAUCCAAAAGGCCGCAGCACUGAGCGAAGCGUCGCGUAGGAAUGCCAACGGCGUGCACGCACGAUCCGUGUCUGGUCCAGGUCCCUCGUCAGGUACCAGCACCAAUCUCAAGGAUCUUCCUUCGGCGAGCUCCAUGGCCACCGCCGAGCCGCCCACAGUAUGCUCCAACUGUCACACGACAAAGACACCGCUUUGGCGACGUGAUCCGGAAGGCCAGCCGCUCUGCAAUGCGUGCGGCCUAUUCCUCAAGCUGCACGGAGUCGUUCGCCCACUGUCUCUCAAGACGGAUGUGAUCAAGAAGCGUAACCGUGCAAGCGGCGCUCAGCGCGCUGAUGCUAGAGCGCGUGCAUCGAUCGGUAGUGGUGGCGGCGCAAAUGCCAGCAAUGCUCCCGCCGCCGGUCACGGCAGCACAGCUGCUUCUAGCGUCAAGAACGGCGCUGGCUCCUCGGCGGCGCAAAGUAAAGCCAACAAUAAUGGAUCUGUUGCCGGCAUUCGUACCGGCAACGUCCCGAUUGCUCCAGCACCCAACCCGCCUGUUUCGUCGCCUGGCAGUACGGGGCUUUCGAACUCCAAGGUAGAGAUGAAGCGACAGCGCAAGUGA